CUGUCAGGGCUGCGCGGUCCGAGCGCACCGAGUGGGAGGCGACAACCUGCACCGACAGUGUUACACAGAGAGUCCAUCAGAGUUGUUAGCUGUUUGUUGUGUCAGAAGGAAGACAUCAAGAAGCCGCAGGAAAAAUGGAAAACGAAUACAGGAAGAAGAUAAAAGAGAAACUUGGCCUGAGGCGGGACAUCUUUAAGGAGUUCUUGGCGGAGUUUCUGGGCAUAUUUUUCUUGAUACUCUUUGGGUGUGGCUCAGUGGCCCAGAUGGUGCUGAGCAGAACACAUCUCUGUGACAUACUGAGCGUCCACAUUGGCUUCACUCUUGGAGUCAUGAUGGCCGUCUACAUCGCAGGGGGAGUGUCAGGAGGCCAUGUGAACCCUGCGGUCUCUCUGGCCAUGGUGAUCCUGGGGAAGCUGCCUCUGAAGAAAUUCCCUGUGUAUGUGGCGGCACAGUUCCUGGGGGCUUUUGCUGGAUCUUGUGCCGUCUAUGGAUUAUAUUAUGAUGCUUUGAUGGACUUUACCAAAGGAGAAUUUAUUGUUACAGGUGAAAAUGCCACAGCCACCAUAUUUGCAAGUUACCCCUUAAAACAUCUCUCUGUCCUAAACGGGCUUGUUGAUCAGGUAAUUGCAACCGCUGCGCUGGUCAUAUGCAUCCUGGCUAUCACUGACAGGAAGAAUAUUGGUGCUCCAAAAGGCAUGGAGCCUCUGUGCAUUGGUCUGAUCAUCAUGGGCAUCGGAGUGUCCAUGAGCCUGAACUGUGGUUAUCCAAUCAACCCGGCACGAGACCUCAGCCCUCGUUUCUUCACCGCUUUGGCUGGAUGGGGCAUGGAAGUAUUCAGAGCUGAAGGCUGCUGGUGGUGGAUUCCUGUGGUAGGGCCCAUGGUGGGUGGCGCAGUUGGAGCAGGCGUUUAUGCUCUCUUCAUUGAGCUGCACCACCCUGAGCCUGAAAAACAAGAGGAGAACAAUGUCCAGGACAAAUAUGAGAUCAUAACUAUGACUUAAACUUAAACAGCAAAAGCAUGUACCCGAUUGAACAAUUUUAUAGUCAUUUAUUUAUUUAUAUGUAUGCAUGAAUGUUUUAUGAAGCCUUUAAAGUCUCUUUAUAAAAGGUCUAGUUAAUUUUAAGUGUCAGGGUUUAUCUUUCAGGGGCUCUUUUGUGUAUCAUAUAUGGCAUAAAACAAUAUAUCAACCAUAUCAAAAGUAUAUUCUCUUUUAGUGUCAUAAUGAUAUAACUUUACAUAAAGAGUUUCACUAGCUAUGCAGUAUUCUUUGUAAUCUCCUAUUUCCUAACUGGGACCAUCUUCUCUUGUUAGAAAUGUUUGCCAAGUUUCUGAACAGAAUUUUUUUAUGAAUGCUUGUCAAACAAGUGGGCAUUAAAUAUCCACUAUGUAGCAUUUAAGAAACGGUUGAAAACUUUUGAAAUGUAGUCAUUUAUAAUAUGUUUAGAUAUUAGCAUGAUUUUUAUUGUGGAGUGACUUUUUCUGUGUCACUCCAUCCUUUGGAUGCAUGUAAAAAUGUACGAUUGCUAUACCGGGCUGCUGUUGUUGUUUUUUGUUUUUAUUUUGUUUUGUUUUGUUUUGUUUUUCAAAAGAAAUAUAUGUAGGAAGUCCAGCCUUAAGAUAAUUAUACUAGCAUGGGUUAACUUAUGUAAACUAUAAAACUGGAUUAGUAAUGGUGUCAUUACAGAUUUCUUUAAAUUAGAAAAGACAAAACUCAACAUUACACCAAAACUGCAAAAAAAAAAAAAAAAAAAAAAAAAAAAUAUAUAUAUAUAUAUAUAGCAGAUGUCACUGAAUUAUGUAUUUUGUAUCAGUAGUGACACUGUGUCAUGUGUAAUAUGCAAACACUGACUGUAACUGUUUACAUUAAAUACUCCUCAGAGCUGAUGUGGGAAGUGUGUAAUGAAGGGUGAAAAUUCCCUGCAAAGUAUGCAUUCACUGACCCCCUGCAUCCAGGUUACUUCAUGAUUAUUUCUUAUAUAAAUAUAUCUCUAUACUAAUAUAUUUAUAUAUAUUAAAAUCACUUCUAAGUUUGACUGAGCCCCAUUUCCGAUUUAAAAAAAAAUCAAACAGACAAAUAGAUAAAUGAAAACACAUGAAGUAUUGGGCCUAGAAAAGGCUGUAUUUCUGAACUAAAUGUCUUUAGAUACAGCCUGGAAGGAUGGGUCACUCACUGUAGGCACCACUGUCAGAAAAUAGGAUGUAAACCUCUGCUAAUGUGAAAGCAGAUAUUUGCUGUCAGUUAUUACAUUAGCGUAUUAGAGUGCUAAAUGUCAUUUUACAGCAGCACAGUGGUUUUGUGAUAUGAUACGCAAGAGGCUUGUUUGGCACUUAAGUUUAUCUGUGCCGGUCCAUUAAACUCUGCACUGCGUGUGUAGCUGCUGGAGUUGAUGCACUGAAUGUAUUCAGCUGUUCAUUAGUGAAGUUAUUUAUAUUUUGGUAUUUUUCUCUCUGUGUCCAAUAGUCCUAUGCUAGUACUGUUUGAAUGCCAGACUGUCAUGCAGUAAUAUUUUAAUCUUUUUAUCUGUCUUAUGUAAUGUUAUAUUUUUCUUUAUCACAGUUCACUGUAUCUUAAUAUGGAGUAAACUGAUAAGUGGCAUUUAAAAUGUAUUAGUGAUGAGGGGUGUAACAAUAUCUCAUUGGAUAAUAUGUUGUGGAACAUAAAUAUGACAAUAUGUCGCCAAAAUAUUUGCUGUGAAAAUUUGUCUUGUGGGUUUGCUUGCUACACAAAAAAAUAAAUAAACAGAAUAGACAUAU